UCCGGGCUGGUCGCGGCGCGCUCGGGAUGUUCGGGCUGAGCCUCCGCCGCGUGGUCCGCGCGCGCGGAAGGCUGCGCGCGCAUUCCACUACUCCGCCGGCUUGGUAUCACUUGCUGAACCUUAAAAAAGUAGACAAGUCAAUGGGAGAAACCCCCAAUAAAAUAAGCUACUUGAAGCCAUUAAAGUCACUGGAGCCUGAUUCGUUGCUGAAACUACUGAAAACAUCUAUAAUUCAUGCGGACGGUACCCUCGUGGCUAUUAACAAACCUUGUGGUAUCCCUGUAUCAGGCAAGCCAGAAGACCUGACUUUGCAAUCUGUUCUGCCACAGCUAAGCCAGAAUCUAAAUCUCCCACAAGAUCUCCAGGUGAUCAAAGCACCAGAAAAGGAAGGUUCUGGACUUGUUCUGCUGUCAAGCUGCCCCAAAAUCACCCAAUAUAUCCAAGAUUUUUAUAGUCAGCAUAAGAAGAAAAAACAUCCAGUUGCUACUUACUGUGCUGUUACUACCAGGACUCCAGUAGCUAUGGAAGGAGAAAUUCAUAUAGGCCUCAAGAUGGUGGACAUUGAUGGCUUUGACCUGGUAGUGCCAGUAACUUCCCCUUCUCGUAAGAGUCUCCAAACAAAGGUGGUAAAAAAGACAUUGACAUACUACAAAGUGCUGGACUCAAAGGACGGCUGUGCCCUGUUGCAGCUGCAGCCAGUGACAACUUUCCGGAACCAGCUGCAGGUACACCUGACCCAGAUCCUGAGCCCUGUGCUAGGAGAUCAUGUGUAUUCUUCUCGGGUGGGAACAGUUCUUGGAGAACCUUUUCUCAUGCCUGCUGAGACGACUCCGCCUCGGACGCAGGUUCUGGAGGAACAUUUGAUGCAAAAGCUCCGGUUACGGCAACAAGUGAUGUUCCGCUUGCAGCUUCAUCUCCACCUCCACCAGCUUCUCCUCCCUGAUGGUUGCUGUUCUUCUCGCACUCUAUUGGUGGCCCCUCCCCCUCCUUUUUUCCUCCAGACUCUUCGUCACCUCGGACUUAACCUGCCCCCUAUGAGCAGCAAGCCGUGAAAGAAGUCUGCAAAGCGCUGAUCUGGAUUCAUUCUUUGCUGGCAGCCCAGUCAAGCAGAUGCAGCCACUAUUAAAAUCUGGCCCCACACAAGGAAAAAGUCCUGUCGUCGUGGAAGAAAGCUUCUGCUCCUUCUGGAAAGAGGCUCAGAUUAUAUAUCGUAUUCCCCCAGAAUUGCUUGAAUAGGUGGCAUACAAAUGGCCAUGAAAACAUUCUUAUCAGAAAGUGUGAUAAGAAGGAAAUUUCUAAGUAAAAACCUAUUUUGUAACUAGCUGGUAUAAUUUGGCUACAGAACAUAUUUUAAGGUGGGCAUUUCUGAUUGGUUGGUUGUUGUUUUUUAAAGGUGCUCCUAUACCCAUGGAAUUGAUUUUUUUUUAGCCAUCUUUAUGCCUAAAGUGUGGUAGUGUCACGGGAACCCAGAUCCUAUUAUUAUUAUUAUUAGGAUUUAUGCAUUCUUAAUAUCUAGAUAAUAUAUUAUGUGAAGGUAAAUGUACUUAAUGUUUUCUUAAUAUUAAGAAGCAAUAAGCAGCAAAUUCAGAGGUGGACUGCUGCCGGUUCGCACCGGUUCUCGCGGACUGGUAGUUAAGAUCACACACAGUUUGGUAAACCCCACCACUGGCUGGCUCCCACCCCUGCCCGUUUUUCAGCCUGGUUUGGGGGCCUUUUUCUGGGC